ACCCCGAACUGCGGAGGCAGGCUGGAGCCGCUGCUACUGUUGGAGUGGUUUCCUCUGCCUGGACGCAGGAGCCGCAGAAUAGAUACUCAAGGAUAGUAACCAGCAGUGCAAUGUUUGCUUCAGAAAUGGAAGAUCUAGGUGCUUCUGGAACUUCCUUGCUUUUCAAUCAAAGAAUUAAGAGACAUGUAAAAGACAAGAAAACUUCAAAAGUCAAUAAGUUAAAUACUUCUCUUGCCUCAAAAAUAAAAAACAAAAUAAUAAACAAUUCCUCUAUCGUUAAGAUUUCUUUAAAACACAACAACAGGGCAUUGGCUCAUGCUCUGAGUAUAGAAAAAGAAAAUUCUCGAAAACUGACAACUGAAAAAAUGUUGUUGCACAAAGAAGUGGAGAAAUUGAGUUUUCGAAAUGCUUUUCUUCGUCAAAAGCUAAAUCGUCUGCAUAAAACUCUUAUAGAAACAGAAGCCUUUGUCAGCAGUAACUUGAUAUCUGCAAUCGAAAUGACAAGUCAACCUGAAGAUUUUCAAAGUCCUUCUCUAUUGCUGACCAGCCAGAAGAAGAAAGGUAUUGGCAAUCAGCGGGAUUUAUUACACCAUUCAUUUGGGAGAGAAAUUCCUCACAUCAGACCUACCCAUUUGGCUAUGAGAGUUCUGCUUACAUCAGCAGAUGAUGAUGAUGAUGGUGAUGAUAAAGAGACAUUUCAUGGCAACAGUUUCACAACCAAGAAAGUACCUGAUUCUCUCACUCCAGUAGCAUCCAAAGUAUCUUUAUCUAAUGAGUUCCAUUUGGAAUUAUUGCAAAGUCCUGGAAAAAAUGAUCAGGAGAUAAAUGCCCAAGAUAAUCCAGGGAGAAAUUUUUCUACGACCAGUGUGCUUUCCACAGAACAUCAGUCCCAUCCAGAAGAAAGUUCUAAAUGUUCCUCAGGUGAACUAAAUGUUCAAUAUGUUGGGCAAGAGAAAAAGAAAAGAUCUCGUAGUAGUAGUCAGUCUGGAAAUGUGACUGAAAGAAAAAAGCGUCUUCCUUCUUGGGAAUCUAAUAAUUUUUCUGCAUCAAUUCCCCUUGCAGUGGAUUUUGAACAAAAAGUAGUUUCAAAUAACAUAUUAAAUCAGAGCAGCAAGAUAAAUAACUCUGUGGAUACAGAUACUAAAACACAACAAAAUGGAUUAUGUCAUCUUAACUCACAGAAUCAAUCUGAAAGUAAACUUAAUGGAGAACUCUCCACUAUGGUGCUCCCCAAUGAUGAGCAGCAGCUUCAGAAAACAGUAUAUGAAGCUGAUAUGGAUAUAACUGCAGGUGAAAUUAGCAAAAUUAUUACAAUUGAAACAGCUGCCAAAAAUAAAAGUAAUCAUAAAACUAAAGCUUCUGGGAAAAAAGUUUUUAGAAAAGUGAAAGAUUCAAGCACUGAAAAGAAUAGAGAGAAGGCAAAAGUACAAUCAAAAACUAGUUCAUCUUUACACAGUGAAGCAAGGGAUAAAGUUACAGAAGAAAGCAGUUCUCUUACUUUGGCUGAUGAUAAAUCAGAAGAUCAGACACUCACUUUGGAUUCUAAACAGCUUGAUCAGUUGAACACCUUGAAGAAUAUGUUUCAGAAAAGUAGUGAACAAAAUGUAGUACAAAUUUCACAGCAUCAUGGCAAAAAGAACAAAGCAAGAAAAACCUAUGUUGUAAGUGAUGAAGAAAGAGUUUCUCUUUUCCCUCCCAUGUCAAAUAAAUCCUCCCAGGACAACAAUUGUGGUAUGGGAUGUAGUUUCCAAACUUUUGAUAAAGGCAAAGACUUUAGAAGGACAUUUGUGGUAGAUAAUUCAAAGAAAGAUGCAUGCUUUCCAAGUCAAAAGGAUAAUGAAACAGACCCUGGAAUAUUAGAAAACUUGGAAAAUGAGCUACAAACAAUUCUUCAUUGUACCAAAGGUAGCCAAAGCUCCUCUGAUUGUAGGACCCAAGAUUCAUUAAGUAUAGAAAAGCAGAUCACUUACGUGCAGCCUUCCAAACAAAGGACAACAAAUUUAAGCAGAAUGUCUUCAAAACAUAGCAGGAAAGAGAGAACAUAUGAAAUAUUUUCUGAAAUUAACCAGCUACACGAAAAUAAUGACAGAGUUGUGUACCACAAAGAGAGCCAUGUGGAAGACCUUAAUUCAGAAACAAACAAAUCGGAAAAAAGCACUAAAUACCAAGUGAACAGCAUUAAAAAUGCAUCUUGUGUAGAAGUCAGUAAGAAAAUGGAAAAUUAUAAUCAAUGCUCAGAUCUUCAAAAACUAGAUAAAAAAUAUAGCAAGAAUUCAUUGGGCAAACCAAUGAGUUUAUUGAUAAAAUCUAAACCCAAAACCCUUAUGCAGGCAACAGAUCUCACUCAACAUUCUGUCCUCUUGGAAUCAGGUUCAAAAUAUUUGAGAGAGCUGAAUAAUUAUCCUGAAAGCCAGAAUGAGCAUCAGAAGGGUCAGACACAAAGUACAACUACAACUCUGAAUAGAAAAAAAUCUCUCAAUUCUUUCAUGAACGUGACUACAGGAAAUGAAUUACAUGUUAAUGUAUCAAAUAAAAGAAGAGAAUCCAAAUCAAAAAAGAGCCGAAAGACUUAUGUAGUUGCUCCAAUUGAGCAAAAUGAAGUUGAGGAGAAAAUACCUGAAACUAUUGAGGAAAGGUUAAGAUUAUGUGAUUCUGAGCAAGUUAAUCAGGAACAAAAUUUGGAAAAUGAGAAAAUAAGCAAAACAAAACCAGAUCAGUCCAUUUGUAAUCCAGUAAUGGAGUCCAGUUCUUGUCAUUUGAAGUCUUUAACUCAGAUGGAUGGUUCAUUUAAUACAAGGCAGUGUUCUCCUUAUACCACCUUGAAAGAGGAUUUAUUAAACUCUGGCAUUCUAAUAGCUAGAGAUCAGAAACUUUCAGACAAUGUUACUCUGAAGGAACCCAUCUUUCAAGUGUCUGACACUGAGCAAAAGCAUGCUUUCCAAGAGAAAACAGAAGGGACGAUAUUUCUAGUUGACAGAAGAACAGAAACAACUGGAAAAGAUCCCAAAGUACUACAGGAUUUGAGAAACAUUAGUUUUGUUUCUUCUCCUAAGUCUCAGAGCACAUCAUCUAAUGAUGUUUCUUCAAUUUUGCCAACUAAAAGAAGGCGAGCUGCUGUUUGUUAUAAAGAACCAAGUCUUGCAAGAAAAUUGAGACGAGAAGAGGAAUUUACAAAUUCUGAUUUUGCGGAUACCAGACCUAAAAAGUCAAAAGGAAGAAAAAAGAAAGAAAAUAAGGAAAACCCUCAAGAAAUAUUUUAAACAGCCACAUUCAUUUAUUUUUUGUUUUUUUUUUUUUUUUAACAUAGAAUGAUGCAUUUUCCAUUCUUAAGAUUAAGCAAAUGUAUAUAAAGUAGCUGUUUUCUGAUUUUGCUAUUUAUAAAAUGGUUUUGAUCAAGACAAUUCAUGAUAUAUAAUUUCAUGUUUUUGCUAUAAGUUUCUCUAAAUAAAAUCAGAUUAUUAUAUAAAUACGAGAUCCAGUGAAAGAUUUUUGUGUUUUUACAGCUGACAUAGAAAAUGUUCUGUUUUAAUAAACUUAAUUUUGUAUUGAUUGUUUAUAAUCAAUUGAUUUGCUAUGGCAGAGGAGUACAGUCUCAAUGAGCUCCUAAAAAGAAAGAGAAGACUAUAAAUCGGAUGUCUGGGCAAAUCAUUUAAUUCCCUAGGCCUUUGUUUUGUCAUCUGUAAAAUUAGAAAUGUUGGAAUGAUGAUGACCUCUUAAGGUUCCUUCCAGCUAAAGAUCUAGGAUUCUAUGAAGCAUUAUAGCAUGAUGGGCCAAAGGACAGACCUUAUCUGCUGUGAGAGAAUCAAUUGAACAAAAAAAAAGUUCAUUAUUAGAAAAUUAGAAGUGACCUUUUUUUUAAACAAUGAUUUAUGUGACUUUUGUGCCCCACCUUCCCAUUUGAGGUGCAUCUGAUGUGUGAUUUCCAUAUUUGCUAUAUAUUUCUCUUUUUUUUUAAUUAUAGCUUUUUAUUUAUAAGUUAUAUGCAUGGGUAAUUUUACAGUAUUGACAAUUGCCAAACCUUUUCUUCCAAUUUUUCCCCUCCUUCCCCCCAUCCCCUCCCCCUGAUGGCAGGUUGACCAAUACAUGUUUAAUAUGUUAAAGUAUAAAUUAAAUACAAUAUAAGUAUACAUGUCCUAACAGUUGUUUUGCUGUACAAAAAGAAUCGGACUUUGAAAUAGUGUACUAUUAACCUGUGAAGGAAAUCAAAAAUACAGGCGGACAAAAAUAUAGGUAUUGGGAAUUCAAUGUAAUGGUUCAUAGUUAUCUCCCAGAGUUCUUUUGCUGGGUGUAGCUGGUUCAAUUCAUUACUGCUAUAUAUUUCUAAUUAUAGGGAAAGGAAUAAGGCUAAAUGAUGGACCAGUCUUCUGUAUAGAACUGGAUCUUUUGUUGUUUAAUAUAUAUUCAAGCUGCAAAUACAAUUUCCUUUUUGUGCCGUGAGUAUAGAAGUUUCGACUCUGCUUGUGUUUUAAAUUAGAAGUUCAUCUUCCCCUCUGUGCUUUUUUUUUUUUUUUUUUUUUUUGAGGCAAUGGGGUUAAAUGACUUGCCCAGCCUCUGUGCUUUUUAAAAAUAAAACAUUCUGCUACCACCAUCAGAUGGAGUACUUCAUGUACUUUACAACUUCUCUUAAGCCACUGAUCUCCAAAAUGAAAUAUGUGUACUCUAGGAAUUGCAUAAGACAAUCCACUUGGAAGAAAAUAUUAGUACUUCUAUUUAUUUUGAUCUAAAAAAAAAUCUUUAAUAUUUAAUAUAGAAAUUUAACACUAGCAUCCUUAUUUCAUAUGUCAUAAAGUGUCAUAUCACAUAAACCAUACACAUGGAGAGCUUAACGGUACCCUCAGUUGUUCAUUUAUUGUCAGUGUUCCAUAUUGAGCACGUUACAGUUUGUGUGGCCAGUUAAGCAAUCUUACAGAUUCUUGUGUCUUAACUAACCUUCAUAAAAUGGAUAUGUGACUUUAAAAGAUUCCUAUAAAAAUAACUAUGAAUUGGAGAAAAUACUUUUGUGAAUUUAAACAGACAAAACAGCAGCACUGACACUCCUUUUCCUAAAUUAUUCUCUUCAUUAGACACAACACAAGAUAAAACAGUGAAGAUUUAAUAUGAGAAUUUGACCAAAAAUAAUUACGUUAUCAAAAAUAUAUUAAAUAUGAGUUUGUAUCCACUCAUUAACCUAUGAUAGAAUAAAGACAUUAUCAUGAAUUAUCCUAUAAUGUAACUUGUUUGUACAUAGUUUUUUUUGCCUUCUCAAUUAGAUUAUAAGGAAGAACAUUUGUAUCUUCAGUUUUAAGCAUAUCUCCUGGCACAUAACAUUUAAUGUUUAUUGACUGACUGUGGGAACAAGGGAGCAGGCCAAGCAGCAGCCUGAAGACUUGAAUGCCAGCACUAUUUCUUGUAGUGUUUAUGAAUUUCUUAACCAUAUAACAUGCAUAACCAUCUUUAUUAGAUUUCUCAUUGACAAAAGCUUUAAGUGUGAUGCUCCCAGCCCCAUUCUUUCUUUAAGCCCUGGAGUUUUUAUUGCGUAAUUUUGUAUAGCACAGUGAUUUUUAGGAGCUCAUAUGUACAAGAAAAAAGAAAGGCAAUUCAAGGCUAUAUUCCAAAUAGGAAAGACAGUGCAUAAAAUGGAACUGUAAAGCAGGAAUUGGGCAGAAUGAGAAACUAUCUUCACAAGAUGGAAAAGUCCAGAUAUUCUAAGAAUAAAAUCUAGAAAGAAGUGAAUCAUAGCUGUCCUAGGUACUUCCCCACUGGAGGUUCUGGUCAGUAAAUCAACAUUAGGAGGAAAGGUGGAGCCAUUUCUAGCUUAAGAAGACAACUGAGGCAGAAGUAGAAAAGCUCAGAAUGAUGAGUGGAGCUUAGAAAUGGAAUACUAUCCAAGAGUAUAGCACUAGUAAUACAUUCUUGAACUCUGUCUUAUUUUUCUAUUAGUGUCCAUUUGAGUGUUUUGGAAUUUCUUUUGUGUUUAGAUAAAUUCUUGUCCUAUGCUUUGUUUAAUAAAAACUAGCAUUUAUAAAGCACCUUAAGUUUGUAAAGUACUUAUGUUACUUCAUUCAAUCCCUACAAUAACCUUGGGAGAUAGGUGUCAUUAAUUUUUUUCACUAAAAAAAAUUUUUUCUAGUUAUUCAUGCACAUUUUUUAAAUAACUUUUUUUUGUAAAUCAUAUUAGGAAUAAAAAUCAUAACAAAAGGGAAAAACUUCUUGAACAAAGCUCUCCAAAAUGGACAUUAUGCCUCAAAGAUAAAGCAACUUAGAGGACAGCCAAAAGAAGGUUAAAAAAAAAAAAAAGGCCAUGAACUGAAUACAUUGAGCACAUCUCCCUCACCUCCCAGAUACCAACAACUUAGCCAACCAAAUAAUCUGAUCCAAAGAUACUCAGAGCACCCCCAAAAUACUCAAGCCUAUGCCCUAGUCCUCUCUCCAGUGCAAUGAAGAUCCCAGAUCCAGAUUGUAGAAGUUUACUAGGUCCAACAGACAAGUAAGCAAUGUGGCCAUAUUCGAGGGGCAGAAACUUGUUAAAUAAUAUGAGAAGAAAGAGUGAAGAAGUAGUUUUUGCUGCAAAGGAUCUCUAUAGGAUGGCCAGGAACAAUGGGAAAGUACAUGGAAGUGGGAGUGGGCCUAUACAGCAUUUCACUAAACCUGAGGGAAAGAGCUCAACAAGCAAAACAAAGGAAAAUGAUGAGACAGUGGACCCUGGAGAAUUAGAGAACAACCUGGACACACAGAAUGCUAUUCUGAGUGAUUUAAAAGAGAAAUGAGAAUAGAGCACAGUUUACAAUCUGUAAAAUUCUUGUUGGUUAAUCUUUAAUUAGGGCUUUCACCAGAAAUAUUUCAUUAGGGUCCAUGUAUUUAUGAACAGUUAACAAAAAGAUAAUUGAAAAUACAAGAUCUUGUUCUGCACUUUAAACAAUUUAAGAAUUCUAAAUAAAAUGACCAGUCAUGUCUUCAGAGGACUGAUAAUGAAGUAUGCUAUCCAUCUGACAGGUGAUAGCAUCAAUGUACAGAAUAAGAGUUGUAAUUUUUUUAUAUGAACAAUAUAGGAGUAUGUUUUGCUUGAUUAUACAUAUUUAUUGCAAGUUUGUUUUGUUUUAAUGAGAGUGCAAGGCUAGAAGAGAACAGAUUUUUCUUUAUUAGAAAAAAAAUUACUGUGUUAUUUGUUGGCUAUUAAAAAAAGCUUUUCAUUUUGGUAAAGCAAAACCUAUUUUUAAGGAUUCUUACAACGUGUCAUGUAAAUGUCAAAAUUUCAUAUGAUCACUUGAAAAAUAUAACUUUUUUUUUUUUUUUUUAAUCCAGAUCAUUACUAGCCCUCAAGUACUUUGGAUGCAACUCAGGUAUUACCUUCUGCAAAAGGCCAUUCCUGAUUUCCAACUUAGGUAUUAUUAAAAAGUCAAAUUAAAUACAAAGAAACUGAAGGAAGAUGCUACCUGAAUUUUGAAAAAGAGCUGAUAAAUAGAUGGAUAGGAUGAUUUCAUACACACACAUACACAUCUAAAUGUGUUCAUAUGUAUUUUAUUACAAUCUGUAUUUGUGCGUGUGUAUUUAUAUGUCUAUUAAUGUGUGUUUAUAUACAUAUAUAUAAACACACACAUAUUUGUGUCUAAUUGUAGCCAUCUCUAGAGUAUUGGUAGAAAGGAAAUACAACUUUAAUCUAUAUUUAAAAGGAAUAGAAAGUUGUACACGAUUUAUAGUUUCAUGUGCAAUCUAUUUUCUACUAUGUAAAAGAAAUACUUGUUUUAUUUCUUAAGUUCUGGACAAAAAUAAAAUAAAAUCUAAACUACCUUAGA